AUGUUUCAUAAGUUCGCUAUCCUCUCUGGCUUGGUGUUAUCAGCCACGUGCAUGGUUCUACAUCAGCCUCAAAUCCCAGUGCUCCUUGGUAUACAAUAUGAUUCGAACCCUAACUACAACUUCGCUUACGAAGUCAACGACGUUCACACUGGAGACAUCAAAAGCCAGCAAGAAAGUAGAAGAGGUGACACUGUUCUAGGACAGUACUCCUUACUGCAGCCUGAUGGUAUCAGAAGGACGGUGGACUACAGAGCUGAUGACCAUACAGGUUUCCAAGCGACCGUGAACAAUGCUGGUGGAGCUAUAUCCUCUCACGUACAGGCAGCCAUCAAUGGUGGCGUCACAAGGCACCCCAACCUCGCAGUCCAGUCCUACCAAGCCUGGCCCACUCCUACUGCCCAUCCCUCAGCAGCUCCCACUCCCGUAGCCAUUUCCAGGUCUUCAUUCUCACAAACCAUCUCCCAUGGAGCUCCAGCUCACCACCCUUGGGCUUAA